CCCGGCCAAAAAGGGCUGGGGUACCCCUGAGCAAGGUACCCAACCCCCAAUGCUACCCGGGCUCUACUCAGUGUGGCAGCCCACUGACCCUAAUUCUAGGAUGGGUCUAAUGCAGAGGACUACUUUCCCCAAGGGGAUUAAUAAAAUUUAAUUCUAUUAAUUCUAACUUGGGAGUAUUUUUGCAUUAACAUGUUGCAAACUGUACUUUAAUAUUGUAGUUGGUCAAGGUGAAACAUGUCAUUUGCCAGUCACUUGCCAACCCACAGUGGAGCCUGCCUGAGACCAGAUUCACAGUCAGGUGUUAAAUUGACAGGAAGACCACAGUCAUCCAUGCAGAGAGCUGCUGAACUAUCUUUGACUGGAUCUCUGAAUUUCUGCUAGCUUUAGAGCACCGUGGCUCACCCCAGACCUUGAGGAUGAGUAAGUGGGAAGACCGACUGAAGAAGGUUGAGCAGCUCGCACAGUCAUUCCAGUGCAAUCCUCUGGCCACGCACUACAAACCUCGACUCUGGCCGUGCCAGCCCUCUUCAGUCUGGAAACUCUUCCCCCGUCAAUGUCUGGCUGUCAGCUUCGCUCAAAGAUGCAAAGAGGCUGUACAUGUUUUUGCACUUGAGAAAGAAAAUACAACUCAUGGUCAAAGGAUCUACCUGGUUACCAGUUACACUGAGCUGUGGUUUUACUACAGGACCUACACUCAGUCCCUGAUGCAUUGCUAUGAGAUAAUUCCAGAGGGCGCUGUUUGUAAGCUUUACUUUGACUUGGAGUUCCACAAGCCCUCAAACAAAGGGGCUGAUGGGAAAACCAUGGUGACCUCUCUUAUCCAGUAUAUGUGUGACAAGCUAGUGGACAUUUAUGGGAUUGAAUGUGCUGCAAGAAAUGUCCUCACUCUUGACUCCAGCACCAAAGAGAAGUUCAGUCAACAUCUCAUCUUCAAUCUCCAAAAUGCAGUUUUCAAAGACAACAUACAUGUUGGCAGGUUUAUCCAUGCUGUUCUUCAGCCAGUCCUGAGCAAAGCCAAAAAAGGAAGUUGCCCAGAUGCUGGAAUGAAUUCGGAGGCAGAAAACUGUGAAAGACGAACACAUGCUGUCCCUGAGGCUGAUGCAAAGGAUCUAAACAAGGUGGCCGAAAGUCCACAGACUAAGAGGCGUAAGCAGAAAGAGACAGACCUCAGCUUCCUACAGGUUAAAAACAAGGAGGGCCAAGACUGUCUCUUUGUUGAUCUUGGUGUCUACACAAGGAACAGAAAUUUCCGUCUCUACAAGUCAUCAAAAGUGGGAAUGAACGCUGCCUUCACUGUGGCAGAUGACAACCAGUUUAUUCCCAAACCUGAGAAAGGGAUCUCUUCUGAGGAAAGCAUUUUCUUGGCGUCCUUGGUCUGUAAUGUUAGUUUCACAGGUCAAAGAAUUCUCACGUGGGACAUCCCAGAAGCAAAGGAAGACGUGAAGACGUGUAAACCUCAAAGCCAGCAAGAAUCAGGCACAAAUCCAGGCUCACUUAUUGGCUGCCUCACGUCCCCUCAUCAAGAAGUGGACAACUUUGUGUUAUCCCUGGUUAAAAAGGAUGGGAUUCAUGGAAGUAUCAGACGAUGGAAUUACUUUGUCACGGAACAACUGCUCGUCUAUGACAUCGUUAAAUACCGCUGGUGUGAAAAUGUGGAACGGUUUCAUAAAAGCAACAACAUUAUGAUUGUUGUAGAUCUCAAAGAGGAAGUGUGGUACCAGAAGUGUCACGAUCCCGACUGCAGGAACUUCAGAUCCUCAAGUUACCCACUGCCACAGGAGAUCUGCUUGAGCUACAUCAUGACACUGGAUGAGGAGGACCAGGCUUACGUAAUGGAUGACGCUGGCAACAUUGAACUUAGCCAGACACCAAAGCAGGCACAGCAGAGCACAGUGUGUGCAGUGAAAGAGACUCCUGAUGUAUGGGAAGACAGGCAGGAUGAUCAGGACUAUUUAGAGAGCUUGGAUGACUUUGAACAAACCAGCGGGGAGAUCUCUGACCAGCUUCUCCUCAACUGCAUGGCAGAGUUUAAUUCCAAGUAAAAGGUAAAGAUAUCUUGCACUGGCUGUGCAGCCUCAAAUAUUUUACUUUUAUUAUUAUUAUCAGUGUAACCCCCCCUUUAAGUUCACAUACAGAGAAUGGAGGCUGCUAUGUUAAUAAAUGAUUAGUGAAUGACAAUGUGACAAAAUAUUAAACAUAAAUCAGCAUCAUAAAUGCCGUUAAUGCUGCUUAGAACAGCAUUAGUGUUAAGAUUAAUCAAAUGUUCAUAAGUGAUAAGGGGGGCCUAAAACAAUAACAUAAUGUUUAUAUUUCAAUCUAUAAUACUCAUAUUACAAUGAAAAAAAACAGUUUUUCACCUAGAAAUAUAUAUAUAUAUAUGUAUACACGUGUGUAUAAAGACAAAAGAAAACGUAAUGGCCACGUUUAGAAGAAAGUAUUUAUUUGGUACAGUUGACAAAUAUAGAAUUAAUUUGUUACUCCAGCACAAAACUGCGCUGUUGCCCUUCUCAUAUCAUCUCUAACAAAAAGCUAAACAAUAACAAUAUGGCUUGAUCUGUCAAUCCUUGACAUGAUUGUGUGUGUGUGUGUAUGUGUGUGUAUGUAUUGAGCAGAAACAACAUAAAACACAAUAAAGCCUUUAGUUUAACAGCUGAACAGCUGUUCCGUUGCUCACAACAUUCGUGGUUUCACGGACCAUCGUUUACAGUUGACAGGAAAUGCUCACAAGGACAUGGUAACGGUUAUUUAAAAACUGGGCAAUUUAUGUCACGUGAUAACAACUUUAAAACAUAUUUCCACUUGAUACUCGUGAAUCAUUACAAUGAUAGAAUGCACCUUACUUGUUGCGGCUUGUGGCACUAUGGUUUGAAAGGAGGAGCUGCAUGUACACCGAUGUAACAUUUAAUAUUUCCCAUGCAUUGUUCAAAGAAAACUAAACCGUCAAAAAGCACACAUCUGUUUUGCAACAUGGUUCCCAGGUGGCUUUUAACUACACUGUGCACUGGAACAGGUUUAUCAGUCCUUCAGCACUGAGAAACAAGGGAAUGCAGGAAAUUAACGAUACAGAUUAUCGGACGUGAUCUUCUGUACCACACAAAUUUUCAGCAGACACACUAUUUACAGCUCAUCAGCUCAGUAGGUGACCGAAACAUUAAAUAGUCUGGUAUAUAAAUAGUUAGUGUUGGUUAUGCUGUGUCUCAAUUCAAGUAUGGCAAUACACAAAUACAUUUUAGGUUGGAUAGUAAAUUAAUUUAUUGUAAUUUUACUGGUAUACAUUUUAUUUAUAUAAGUGAAAAAUGUUGCUAAUCCCAACAGCCUGUGGCAUCCAUGUUGCCACUGCUUUGCUGUCUUGUUCUCUUGACCUAACCGCCUGACAACCAAGCCAAACGUGCACAAACGCUCCCAUUGUCUUAAACAUGACAUUUAAACAACAUUUGAAGGCAGCAAAACUACCAAGAUGGUGUACUUAAAAAUAUAAAAUAAAUUAUCUGGACAAGCCUCAGUCACAAAGGUCAUCAUCUUGGCUACAAAGUGGAUAAAGACAUGGUGACAUGUAUACAUAUAUAUAUAUUUUAUUUUAUAUUUUAUUUUUUUAAAUGUGUGAAUUUCACAGAUAGUGGUAUAAUUUCUGGGUCAGGCACUCACAGGAAACUCAAGUUUUAUUCUCUUUUAUGUCAAGCUUGAUAUUUUGGCAGUCAACAAUUGAGAUCAGCUGUUAUGACCAUUGUUUUAUAAAAGAGCAUAAUGGCCACGACUGGUUCAUGACCCUGUCGAAAAUUGAAAUACAUCUGUGAACACAAUGUACUUCAAGUGGACUACCUGCAGUAUCUGAUUUGAGACACAACAAACUUUUAUGAUUUUAUAACGGUUGUUUUGACACCCAAGAAAACCUGAGACAAAUGUUUACAGAGACUUUUCUAGUAAUAUAUUAAAAGCUUUGGGCAGUUAAGGCAUGGGUGUGUCAUAUUUCCCAUUUUUCUUCCCUAUUUGUAACCCUUAUACAAAAAUUAAAAUAUAAGUUCAAUUUAAUUAAAUAAAAUUUAAUUUAAUUAUACCAGUAAAACGUCUUGGUCUGAAAUAUUGUGACCAUAUUUGCCAGAACAGAAAAGUUGAGCUGUACAAUCAAUAAACGAAGUGGACACGAUACAUACGUCAAUCUGAGCAUAAUUAUCCAGUUUGUUUGCGAAGGUCUCCACAACAUUGCAAAGACUGUCACUGGCAAUGAAAGAAAUCAAGUAAAAGCCCCUUCACCAGAACAUUUUGCUUCUGGCUGUGUACUCUAAAUGAUUGACAAGAAUGAGCUAAAUCACCAUCUCCUUAAAGGGCUCCUCAAACCCAGCUCACAUCUUAAUUUUGGCGUAAAGUUCAUCGAUCUGUUCUCUGAAGCGGUUCCGAAGCUCUGCUCUCUUGGCCUUCAGGGUCGGUGUCAGGAGGCCGUUCUGGACUGAAAACAUCUCAGAAUGUAAUGUGAUGUCUCUCACCUGUCGAGAAAACAAGAUGCGUAAGAAUCAAAGAUAAUAAGUGAAAACAAUUGUUCACAUGGUUUAAUGUCAGUUCGUUAAAUCAAUGAAUGGUCAACAAACUCUGAGUUUACUGUCAAAUAAUAACACGUUACCUGCAUUUAUUUUUUAAACAUCUAAACAACUAGCACAGUGGUUGGCGGUUGAUAAAUAGAUUUUAUUCAGGAAAGAAACAAAAAUGAACACUUAAUGGACAACGGAGUGAGUCGUCUUUCAACUCAAAGGUUGUGUAUGUGCUUGACGGCUGUGCAGGCAGCAUGUGAAUGGGUAUGAAAGAUGAGUGAUAGAAAAUGCACAUAUGAAAAUGCACUGUAUGAAAGUGUGAGUGAAUGGCACAACUGUAGUGUAAAGCACUUUUGAGAGUGCUCAUCAAGACUAGAAAAGUGCUAUAAAAGAGUGCUUUUUUAAAAAAAAACAAUUAUUAACAAUUAAAAUGGCACGAUGGUUAUGAAGAAACACAAUUCCAACGUGUUUUGCUGUCAAGCCUCCAACAGCGAGUCAAAAACAAACACAUCAAAAGAAUUCAGACACUAACAAACCGGAGCGUGUUUCAAAGUUUUGUCCGUCAGCAAAACUGCAGUGAGAGCUUUGGAAUAAAAAAGUGUUUGAAUCCCUGCUGAAUGUUUCACAUCAAAAUGCAUCAGGAUUUGUAUGUUUUUAGGUCUUUAUGACCAUGUUGUGGCAAUAAAGGCACUUCAUUUGA